CCCAGACUGUGAGAGAUUGUGUUUACACUCACUGGGUGUCUGACACUGAACAUUAAUAUGAUCAGUAAUUGUGUCACCGAUACACACUGGGGAUUUACACCAUCUCCUGUCUCUCUGUGUCCCUCACCCUCACUCUCUCUCAUCUCCAGGCUGAACAGUGUCGAUCUCACAGAUUCUGGAGCCGAGGAUCUCGUCUCCGCUCUCAGUACAAACGCCUCACUGACGGAGCUGGACCUGACACACAACUCCCUCACAAACCUAUGUGUCCCCGCUCUCCGCAACCUCAUACUGACCCUCCCGAGACUGAUGUGGAUCAGGCUGGGGGAGAAUAAGUUCAGUACGACCGGGAAGAAGGAACUGAAGUCGCUGGAGGAACCCAGACCCGGACUGAGAGUGACCGUGUGAACAUCUCUGGGUGUAAACGUCACUGCCCUGGGGACCGGAAUAUUGUUGCUGUCAGGCCAC